AUGGGUCCCCCACGUGGCAAUCAGUGGGACACCCGCAAGACAGUUCUCGUGACAAUUGGACUGCUCCUUGUGUCCUAUUUCAUUGUCGUGAACGUCUUCUUCUUUGACUUUUCGACGCAAAGUCCUUCGCAUUUGGCGUCGCAGAUGAACGCACCUGCGAUACUGUCGGGCGAAGUGGACAAAACAGCGCACAAUGGGGUGGACACGACUGCUAUUCGAGCUACGAAACUGAUUAUGGAGCCACGGGCAGACCGCAAAUACGUGUGGCUUGAUGUCGCCAUUGACGAUAAGUACGUGGGCCGCGUUACAAUCGAGUUGUACGCUGAGCAGGUGCCCAAGACGGUGGAGAAUUUCCGAGCUCUGGUCACAGGCGAAAAGGGUUCCGAGUAUACGUUCAAAGGCAGUGUGUGCCACCGCAUUCUCAAGAACUUUAUCGUCCAAUGCGGCGACUACACUACUGGCACAGGAACUGGAGGGCGCAGUAUCUACGGCGCUCAGUUCGAUGACGAAUUCAACGGACUGCGACUCAAGCACUCGAAGCGAUAUUUGCUGCAGAUGGCGAACGCAGGACCCAAUACGAACGGCAGUCAGUUUUGCUUCAUGUUGAAUGCAGCACCGCAUCUCAAUGGCAAGCACGUGGUUUUUGGGGAAGUGGUUGGUGGGUUUGACGUUGUCGACCAGAUGGAAGAGGCAGGGGUGGAAAAAGACGGCGUCCCGCUGCAACACAAGGUGAGCUUUAUGGACGGCGGCGAGAUUCUCUCCUAG